AGGAUCUCGCGCCUUCCGAGGGCCCUGCGCCACCUUCCGACGAUCAGCCAAGCUCGUCACGGUUCAACAGAGGCGAGGUGGGCGAGGCUGCUGCCGUGGUUGAUAUGGCUAAGGUCUCCAAGGAUGCAUUCAAGAGCAAAUUCGAUAGAGGUGCAUCGUUGGGAGCGUUUCUGAACUUAGGCAAAUCAGAUGAAUUGGCAGCGGCAAUGUUACUCUCUGAAGCGGCUGCUAUGGAGCCUCCGAAGGUUACUCGUGAGAGCGGUAAGGGAAAAGGAAAGGGAAUGGGUCGUCAUGAUGGUAAGCUUGGAGUCUGGCAGGUGUAG